AAGUUGGAUGAAAACGAGCGGACUGACUUGAGAGUGACAGUUUGGUCGGUUGGCAUCCUGAGGUGGAGGACAUGCUCCGGACCGCUGUUCUAUGCACCCUCUGGGCCUCGGUGGUCCUCAGUGCUCCACUGAACAAGGACAGGCAGAAGCUGCUUCUGAUCUCAUUCGAUGGGUUCAGGUGGGAUUACGACCUGGACGUGGACACGCCAAACCUUGAUCAAAUGGCCAAGGAUGGAGUCAAAGCCCUGUAUGUGACACCUCCGUACCUCACCAUCACCAGUCCCACUCACUUCACCCUCCUGACAGGACGCUACAUCGAGAACCAUGGAGUGAUACACAACAUGUGGUUCAACACAACCACACAAGAGAAGAAGCAGUACUAUAUGACUCAGUUUGUGAACAACUGGUGGGACAACGGCUCUCUGCCCAUCUGGAUCACAGCUCAGCGACAGGGCCUAAAAGCCGGCUCUCUCCACUUUCCGGGCACAGCUUCCAGCUAUCAGGGGGAGAAGGCUCUGGUGCAGGAGGUGGAGCCCCGGUUCCAUGACUACAAGAAUGAGACCACAUGGAAGGAGAACACGGACAAGGUGAUGGGCUGGUUCAGAGAUCAGGAUCUGGACUUUGUGUCCAUGUACUUCGGCGAGCCGGAUGGCACGGGCCACAAGUACGGCCCGGAUUCUCCUGAACGCAGGGAGAUGGUGAAGCAGGUUGACAGAGCCGUUGGCUACAUUCGCGCCUCGGCUCAACAGCACGGGCUCAUCGACCGGCUGAACAUCAUCAUCACCGCAGACCACGGCAUGACUACAGUGCAGCGUGGAGCCCAGGUGGACGAAAUCAUACUCUCAAAGAUCCCAGGCUUUUCCUUCCAAGACAUUUCCUUCCAUCUGGUGGACUAUGGCCCCUCUGGCAUGCUGCUGCCUAAACCGGGACGGCUGGAAAAGGUUUACAACGCCUUGAAGGGGGCUCAUCCACACCUGCACGUCUACAAGAAGGAAGAGAUGCCAGCGCACCUGCGCUUUAGCAACCACGAGCGCAUCCUCCCCAUCGUUCUAUGGGCCGACCUCGGAUACGUAAUCAACGGGUACUUUCCAGUUCAGUUCAAUAAAGGAGAGCACGGCUUUGACAACAAGGAGCUGGACAUGAAGCCUUUCUUCAGGGCGGUGGGCCCGGCGUUCAGACAGAACCUGGUGGUGGGGCCGUUCGAGACCGUCAACAUCUACCCGCUGAUGUGCCAUCUCCUGGGCAUCGAGCCGGAGGUCAACGACGGUCAUCUGAGCGUCACCAAACACAUGCUGGUCACCAGCCAGUUGUCUCAGGAAUCAAAUAAAGACCACAGUGGGGAUUAUGUGAAAAGAGGAUUCAUUGGACUUUCUGCAAUGGGUGGAUUUCUUGUGAUCGUUUGUGUUGUAACUGUGUUAACAAAACUGCUCAAAAAGCCCAAGAAUAAAAGAUCAAAGAGCCUGGAAAGUCUUUCAGAAAAAGUGGACACAAAGCAAACGUCACUAUAAACACACCAAACAACAAAAAUGGAUCCAAAGUUCAUCUCAAAUGUGUCAAAAUGAUUGAGAUAUUUCCAAAGACUUUAAAUUAACACAUAUAAAUAUAUAUAUAAAACUGACUUUCCUUUAAAUGUUUGAAUAAGGUUUGUACACCUUAAUAUGUGAAUUGUUUUUCUUUUUAAUGAAUAAACUCUACCUCAAAAGUGAUCACAAAA